UAUGAAAUUGUUCAACCGAUUCCGAAGGUUUUUGGAAACACGAAAUUAAAUGGAACUUAUUACGGAAUGAAAGGACAAGUAAUCAAUAAGGAAGCAGAUAUGUCUGGUUUCCCCAUGUACAUGAGAAGCGAUUUCUUUCAUUUGCUGGAUUACAGUUCGAUUGUUAAUGUGAAUCCAGUUACUUUCAUAGUUAAACAGAGAAAAAAAGAGUCAACAUGGAAAAGCAUAAUUAGACCUUUUUCACUUGAGGUAUGGAUAUUAAUUUUAGUAUUUAUAUUAAUAACUGGAUUCAUCUUAUCUCGAAUUUUAAAAAAUGAAAAUAAGCUGCGUGUGUACGAAAAAUUUUGUUCAGUCAAAAAUACUAUUUGGAUUCUGUUUUCAAGCGUUGUCCUACAAGGAUCAAAUUUAGAUUUUGUUACACGAUUUUCAUCGAGACUAAUAAUAGGAAUCUGGCUGCUAUGUGCUGUUGUUCUGGGAUACGGCUAUGGGGGAAUACUAAUGUCUUUUCUAACAGCCGCAGAUAAUGAAUGGAUCCCAACAAAUUUCUACGAAUUAGCAGAUGCUGUAAAAAGACAAGAAUUCUCUUGCGGUACUACACCUAUAGGGAAAUAUGCAAUUUUUAAGGAAGCUGGAUCCGGAGUUGCAAAAGUAUUAUUCGAGCAUAUGGAGAAAAAUCAAAAUUAUGUGGAUUAUAAAACAGCAAGAGAAAGAGUUGAAAAUGAACGUUUUGCAUACAUACAAACUACACACAUUAUAAAAAAAACAUUUCCGAAGCGUUCGAGUAACACAAAAGUUAUGACUGACGAAACACUUCGAUCGUAUUACUCUGCAUUUUAUCUAAGAAAGAACUUUCCUUAUAAAAGAAAAAUCAGUAAAAUUGUAACUCGAAUGUUUGAAUCUGGAUUAAUUAUGUUUCACCUAACGAAAUAUCCGGAAUAUCCAAAUGAUGAAAAUUCCGUUAGUCCGUUAACCUGGAAUGAAUUUUUUGGAAGUUUUACUAUUCUUGCAAUCGGUUAUUUCUUUGCUUUAAUUUGCUUUGUUGGAGAAUUAUUCAUUAGGAAAAGGAAAAAAAAUUCGAUUGUUUAAACAAAGGGCUUGAUUGAUUCACAUCUUGAUCUUUGUGAGGAAUUUCUUUUCGCUCAUAAAUUUAUUUCAUAAUAGUAUAAUAAUUAAUUAUUAUUUAAUAAUUAUUUUGAUGGUAUUUCUUUAUAAGUAAAUACUUGAAUUUGUUAUUCGGUAUUAUUUACUCGUCAACAUUCAUUUCUAUUCAUUUAUGUUUGGAA